AUGAGUCGUCAUGAUACUACUUAUCUUACUUCGUUACAAAGAGAAAUUUUGUGCGGUUUAACUGCUGGUUCAUUAACAACUUUGAUUGUUCAUCCAUUAGACCUUCUCAAAGUAAGGGUCCAACUAUUAGCUAGUAAUAAAACCAUCCAUAACAAAGGUUAUUUAUUCAUUAUCAAGGAUUUGAUCCACACGGCAAAAAUUCACCAUAAUCGAAAUAAAUUUUGGGAAAAUUUGAUAAAGGAGUCAUAUAGAGGGUUACCAAUUAAUUUGAUUGGUAAUACCGUGGCAUGGGGAUUAUAUUUUGGAUUAUAUAAUCAUUCUAAAUCAUAUAUAUUUGACAACUGGCACAAAAUAAACCCGUCUAGUGACAAGAAAGAACCCAAUAAAUCCUCAGUUUUCUUAGUAUCUGGAUUAUUCAGCGGGGUGAUGACUACUUUAUUAACGAAUCCAUUAUGGGUCAUCAAAACAAGAAUAAUGUCAACAAGCAAAACAAAUUCACACUCCUAUACAUCAAUAAUGAAUGGUUUCAAGUCUAUAAUGAAAGAGGAAGGUCCAAGAGCCCUUUGGAAAGGUCUAGUGCCAUCUUUAUUUGGUGUUUCUCAAGGUGCACUGUAUUUUAUGGUUUAUGACAAUUUAAAAUUGAAGUUUAAUAUAUACAACGACAAGAAUAAUCAUUAUGAACAAGAAAAAUCAAGAUUGCGAAAGAAAACUGAAAAUUAUAAAAUCAUUUUCAUUACAUCAAUAAGUAAAAUGAUUUCUGUAUCAGCUGUUUAUCCCUUCCAAUUAUUAAAAGCAAACCUUCAAAUCAUUAAAUCAUUGCAUAAUACUAACAACAACCGAAACUCAUCAACGGUAACAACGAAGGUACACAAUGAGCGCUUUUUAACUUUAACGAAACAAAUCUAUAAAGAUAAUGGAUUCAAAGGUCUUUAUAAGGGAUUGUUGGCGAAUUUAAUAAGGGCCGUACCCUCUACUUGCAUCACUUUCUGUAUAUAUGAAAAUCUCAAGGCGUUUCUUUAA